UAAAAAUUACUUAUAAUAACACUUACGAAUAAGAAUUGACUUAUUAACCGACUGAUGAUUUUCAGGGAUUCGUUGAAUUGACUCUAGUACCUUUGAAAGACCACUUGAGGUACAUCAAGCUAAACGCCAAACAAUGUAGAAUCUACAGAGUGUGCCUCAACGAUGUGUAUGAGGCACCGUUCCAGUAUUUCGACCCUUUCCUCGACAUCUGUCAAGGUGACACAAAAGAGAAAUCGUUAGACCUGUUUGGGCCGGCGCACUUGGCGGCGGCACUGCAGAUAGACCCGGACCAGAAUGCGGGGGAGUUAGUGGUGACUGUGCCACCCGAGGCGGUGGCCGCCGGCCUGGUGGCUGAGGGCAAGGCACUGCGGGUCGGUGUCGAGUUCUCCCUCGAGCAGCCCCAGGGCGGAGUCCACUUUGUCAUUCCCGAGUGCGAGGGCACGCUCGCCGAGCGAGGCGCGCACAUGUUCACAUACUGCUACGAGAACUCGUCGCGCCUGUGGUUCCCCUGCGUGGACAGCUUUGCCGAGCCAUGCACGUGGCGCCUGGAGUUCACCGUCGACGAAAGUAUGGUGGCCGUAUCGUGCGGCGACCUGGUCGAGGUCGUCUACACGCCCGACAUGCGUCGCAAGACCUUCCACUACGUCCUCACCACACCGGCCUGUGCGCCCAACAUUGCGCUCGCUGUUGGGCCUUUCGAGAUAUUUGUGGAUCCGUACAUGCACGAAGUGACGCACUUCUGCCUGCCUGGUAUGAUGGCCAACCUGAAAGUAUCAGCCAAAUACAUGCACGAGGCUUUCGAAUUCUAUGAAGAACUUCUAGCCAACAGAUAUCCAUAUUCGUGCUACAAGCAAGUGUUUGUCGACGAAACUGAUGUUGAAAUGUCAGCCUAUGCAACCAUGAGUAUUCUAAGCACCAAUUUGCUCCACUCGAAUUCAAUAAUUGAUCAGACGUACAUAACAAGGAAAGCGAUGGCACUGGCAAUUGCUGAACAAUUCUUCGGCUGCUUCAUCUCAAUGCAGAACUGGUCUGAUCUGUGGCUGCCCAAAGGAAUUGCAACUUAUUUGUGUGGUCUCUUCUCUAAAAAGCAUUUUGGCAACAAUGCUUACCGAGAGUGGAUUUAUAUGGAACUUGAAGAGGUAAUCAAGUACGAGGAAAAGUACGGAGGCAUAGUGUUGGAUCCGAGUCAGCCCCCCGCCCCUGUGCCAACUGUUGCCCCCGCCCCUAUGCCCACUCCCAAGUCGCAGGACCCCGGAUUCUAUUUCCCCGUUCGCAAUAUACACACCAUGUCACCACUCUACCUGGAAGUAAUGAGGAAGAAGGCUCAUCUUGUCAUCAGAAUGUUGGAGCACCGUAUUGGCCAUGAGUUGAUACUGCAGGUGCUCAACAAACAGUUGAGCCUGGCGUCAAACGCGGCCACUCAGAAAGUGUCGACUGGUCUGUGGUCUCACAUGCUUAUCAGCACCAAUGUGUUCGCCAGGGCCAUUUUCACAGUCACCGGCAAGGAUAUGGCUGUCUUCGUCGACCAGUGGGUUCGCACCGGGGGUCACGCCAAGUUCAACUUGGGGUUCGUUUUCAAUAGGAAAAGAAAUACGGUUGAACUAGAAAUCAGACAGGACGCGACUCAGCAGAAGGGAAUCCGGAAGUACGUUGGGCCACUGCUGGUGACCAUUCAGGAGUUGGACGGCACUUUCCGGCACACGCUGCAGGUGGAGGGCACUGUCGCCAAGGCGGACAUCACCUGCCAUUCCAAGUCCCGCCGCAACAAGAAGAAGAAGAUUCCGCUCUGCACUGGCGAGGAGGUCGACAUGGACUUGACUGCUAUGGAUGCGGACUCGCCAGUGCUGUGGAUCCGGCUGGACCCGGACAUGACGCUGCUGCGUUCGACGGUGAUCGAGCAGCCCGACUACCAGUGGCAGUACCAGCUGCGUCACGAGCGUGACGUCACAGCGCAGAUGGACGCCAUCUUGGCAUUGCAACGCUACUCGACGCCCGCCUCCCGCCUUGCCCUCACCGACACCAUCGAGAACGAACACAUCUAUGUACAGGUGCGCUGUCGCGCUGCACACUGUCUCACCAAGGUAGCCAAUGCAAUGACGAACUGGGCUGGGCCUCCAGCUAUGUUGGCAAUAUUCCGAAAACUUUUCGGCUCUUUCUCGUGUCCUUCUAUUAUAAGACAGAACAAUUUUCAAAAUUUGCAGCACUAUUUUCUUCAAAAGACAAUCCCAGUUGCAAUGGCUGGACUACGUAAUGCUCACGGAAUAUGCCCUCCAGACGUGAUACGGUUUCUGCUAGAUUUGUUCAAAUACAAUGACAACAGCAAAAACCGGUUCUCCGAUAAUUACUACAGAGCUGCUCUAAUUGAGGCCCUGGGUGCUACAGUCACACCUGUCAUAUCAGUGGUCCAGCAGGGAUCCGAGAUAACAGCUGAAAACCUUUCUGCCGACACCAAACUAGUGCUGGAAGAGAUAACGAGGAAUCUGAACAUAGAGAAGCUGCUGCCUUGCUAUAAGCUGACAGUGACUGUGGCCUGUCUCAAGGCAAUUAGAAAGUUGCAGAAGUUCGGUCAUCUGCCAAACAAUCCCGCCUUGUUUAGAACUUAUGCCGCCUAUGGACAAUUUAUUGAUGUGAGACUAUGCGCGCUGGAGGCGCUGGUGGACUUUACGAAACUGGACGGGCGCUGGACUGACCUCGAGUACCUGCUGGAUGUGGCAGAGGAGGACCCCGACCCCUACGUGCGCCACUCACUUGUGCGCAUGCUCUGUCAAAACCCCCCUUUCUCCCCUGGCGGACAUCCGCACCGCCUUGACCGCGAGGAUCUCGUGCAUCGACUAUGGACUCUUUUCAACUGUAUGUGCUCGCAUGAUACUCGUAUGCGCUGCAACUUUGUCGAUCUUUACUACGCCUUGUAUGGCUCUCACCGACCCAACCACCUUCCGAUUCCAGAGCUGGCUGCUCUGUUCAAGCCUCAGCGUGUUGAAACGGUCUCUCACGACAUUCAUACUAAGCCGUCGGUUGAGCAGCUGGACAUUGUUGAGUCUAGUGUGGUGCGUCGCUCUCCCAGUCCUAUGGCCCUCUCGCCUCCUCCCUUCGCCUCCACCUCCUCGGCCAUUGGCAGCAGCAGCAGCAGCCUCGCUCCGCCCGCCAAGCGACGCGCCCUCUCGCCACUGCCGCUGAAGGAGGCCGCCGAACUGGUCACUGAUGACCUUGGGGUUGUCACUGUUGAGGUGGUCGCUGGUGACGAACUCAGCAAACGAAUCAAGACGGAGCCAGUCGAGAUUCAGGUGAAGACUGAAUACUUUUCGGAGAACUCAGCCUCGUUGCCUGGCAUAGUGGAGGGGGGGAGUGAGCGGACCGGACCUGUAGGAUUUGAGCCGGGCAUGUUUGGACCCGCCAAGGAGUCUUCGUCUUCCCAUCAUAAAGCCGACACUUCCUCUUCCAAGGCCAAGAAAAAGAAGAAGGAUAGAAAGAAGCAUCGUCAUAAGCAUAAGCACAAGCACGACCAUAAGCACAGCAGUAAGGACAAGGACAAAGAUCGGGAUAAGGAUAAAGAAAGAAGCAAAGAUAAGGAGAGAGAAAAGGAUCGAGAUAAGGAUUCAAACCGGCUGAAGGUCAAAGAGGAAACGUUGAGCUCUUUCAGUAGUUCUAGUCCCAGUCCAGGACAUUCAACUGGAGGAAAUGAUUUCACAUUCUAAAGUUCAUAUCUCAGGCAAUCAUCAACGAUUUUUCAAAUAUUUUAUUUCAUCUUCAUUACUUAUACAUAAAUAAUUAUAUUGUUUCAUUUUGUCGACUCUUUUGUCAUAUUGGUAUAGAUUAUAUUGUAAAAUAGAAUAUUUUUAUUAAUAAACAACGUUUAAUGUUCAA